UUUUACUCCCUUGCGCGGUUGAUCUGCUACAAUGAAAAGAUGACCAUCGUUCUGCUGUUGAUCAUUUCGCUAAUCCGAGAAACUCUCACUUUUCAACCAGAAUUUGUGGAAAGCAUAUCAAAUGUGUCAGUUGCUGUCGGCCGAGAUGCCACCUUCACAUGCCACGUACGGCAUUUAGGCGGUUAUAGAGUUGGCUGGCUAAAAGCGGAUACAAAAGCCAUUCAGGCGAUACACGAGAAUGUCAUCACACACAAUCCACGUGUCAGUGUUAGUCACUUGGAUCAGAAUACAUGGAAUUUACAUAUAAAAGCAGUGUCGGAAGAGGAUCGCGGUGGCUAUAUGUGUCAGCUGAAUACGGAUCCAAUGAAAAGUCAGAUUGGUUUUCUUGAUGUCGUAAUACCACCAGACUUUGUUGCGGAAGAUACCUCUUCUGAUGUGAUCGUACCAGAAGGCAGUUCGGUCAAAUUAACAUGUCGGGCACGCGGCUAUCCGGAACCAAUCGUGACAUGGCGCCGGGAGGACGGCAACGAAAUCGUGCUCAAAGACAAUAUCGGCACAAAGACGAUGGUGUCUUCAUUUCGCGGCGAAGUGCUGAAGCUGACGAAAAUCUCACGCAACGAAAUGGGCUCAUACCUCUGCAUUGCAUCAAACGGUGUACCGCCGUCGGUUUCAAAGCGCAUCUCGCUCAAUAUACAUUUUCAUCCUGUCAUUCAAGUACCGAAUCAAUUAGUUGGCGCACCGCUUGGCACUGAUGUGCAGAUCGAGUGUCACGUCGAGGCCUCACCAAAAUCAAUUAACUACUGGAUUAAGGACACUGGUGAAAUGAUUGUGUCCUCGCUAAAGUAUCAUGUACAGGAAUCCUCUAAAUCCCUUUACGAAACGAAGAUGACAAUGAUUGUGCGUAAAUUCCAAAAAGAUGACGUCGGCUCUUACCGCUGCAUAGCGAAGAACUCGCUUGGUGAGGUGGACAGCAGCAUAAGACUUUAUGAAAUACCCGGUCCGAAUCGUAAAAACCCAGCUGGCAAGCACGGCAUUGGCGGCAACAACGACGCGGACACCAAUGACGUACUGAAAAUGAAACAAGUCAAAGUCACAUAUCAGCCAGACGACGAGGACCUGUACGGCUCAGCCGAGGAUUUCGAUGACAGCGAAUUGCCCUUGCCCCCAUUAACGCCGAACAUCUAUUACGCCAACGGACAGAAACAGCCGACACAUAGACCGGCCAUGUCCGGCGCUGGCAUGGGCGGUGGCAGUGGUGCCCCAAUUGGUGGUGGCAAUGGUGGUGGUGGUGCCUCUGAUGGUCGCCAUCAUCACCACAACUCAGCUGGCGGCGCUGGUGGCAUAGGUGGUAGUGUCGGCGGCAUAGGCAAUCUGGACUUCGGUAACUUGGGCGCCAGCAGUGGCGGCCUCAGCAUUGCUAGCGGUUUCGCGGUAACUCUUUUUGGUGGCAUAACGCGCGAGCCUACAUUUCAACGCGGCGCUACUGACACAUUUGGCGGCAGCGGCGCAACGCAUGUACACAACACUACGGACAAUAAGGAGCUGACAGCGCCCACCACAGCUACACAACAUGGGUGCUUGGCGUCACUUUGGUCAUGGGUGUGGUGGUGGUGGCAAGAGCAGCUGGACACCAGCUAUUACUUUUGGCGUGGCCAGUGGCAGCAAGCGUUGCUUGCCUUGCUCGUUCCCAGUUUAAUCACUUCGUUCUGCUGGCAUUUAUUAUAAUACGCGGUUGUCGUUAAAUGCCAAUGCGUGGCUCCAGCGCGGCGUGCCGGUGCACCAGCAAAAUCGCGCGACAGCGCUAACCAUGCAGAGGAGAUGGGCAACGCGGCGCGCGUUGUGUGCGACGCAGAAGUGCGACAAUGCUCGGCGGAUGCUGUCAAUGUGUCGAAAAUGUCGAAGUCGGAUGUGGCGUCUCCUGUUGCGGUUACCAGUUGAAUUUUACAUUGCGUUGUGUUGCGUUCAAACUGAAUUUAGGGACAGGUUAGUAUGAAAAUAUAAAAUAUAAAAAUCUAAAAAAAACUUAAAUUGAAUGAAAUCAAAUAAUGAGAGACAUACAUACAUAUAUUCACAAAAAAUCCUAAAACGCAUUACUAUAAAAUACUAGUCUAAUUGAAAAUUGAAAUUUACGAAACAAAAAAAGGAGGAACAGAGUCAGUUAAUAACCGAUUUUUCAUUCGCUAUAUCAAAUACUAUUGUGAAAUUGAGAAAGCCACAAAAAUGUUAAGCUGUUAAAUAAGUUAUCUAGAAAUUGAA